UUUCACCUUCUUCUUCUGUGAUCAAAACAAAAAAUGCCUUCGAGGCCCUUCAAUCCAAACCCUAGUCCAAAUCCAGAAUCGAUACUCAGGACCAGAGCAUUUUUACUUGUUAUUACUAUCUCAUCUUCUGUUCUCCUCUUUCUUGGCAUUUUGUUCUUGCUCUGCUACCUCUGGUACUUUCUGUUUAAUCGUUCUCGCACCAGUCCUUUUGACUCUUGUGCUCCUUUGAGGUUGCAGAGGUUCUCUUACAAGGAGCUCAAAUCUGCAACCAAUGUAUUCAGCGAUGGUAAUUCUAUUGGGAAAGGUGGAUCGGGUGCUGUGUUUCGAGGUAUUCUUCGUGAUGGCAAGUCUGUUGCAGUUAAGAGACUUGAUGCAACUUCUUUGCAAGCUGAAAGAGAGUUUCAGAACGAGUUGCAGGUUCUUGGGAGUCUUCGAUCGCCGUAUGUGGUUACGCUCUUGGGUUACUGUGUUGAGAAGAAGAAGAGGUUUCUAGUUUAUGAGUAUAUGCCUAACAAGAGCUUGCAAGAAUCGCUUUUUGCAGAGGGACCGGGGGUUCCAAUUCUGGAUUGGAACCAACGGUUUGAGAUCAUCAUCGACAUUGCUCGGGCACUUGCUUUUUUGCAUCUGGAAUGUGAUCCGCCGGUCAUCCAUGGCGAUAUAAAGCCCAGUAAUGUUCUUCUGAGUUCGGAUUACCGGGCAAAAAUUUCAGAUUUUGGGCUAUCGAGGUUAAAAUCGGAAGGUGAGUUUGGAGUCGAAUUAUUUAGUCAGGAAUUGGGUCGGAGUCAGGAGCUCUGGAAAAGCCAAGAGCUUUCCGGGAAUCUAGCUGUAGUUACUCCAGAAACUCCAACAGAGAGUACUACUGAGGUAGAUUUUGCUCUCGCUUUACAGGCUUCUUCAUCCAAGAAUAGUAGAAUUAGCUUAAAUUUGAAAUCUUUGAGCUCAAAUCCUUCGACUCCUAAUGCUAAGGGGAAGGAGGUCUUCGCUACAGAUAUGGGUGGAGAAGAUUUUGAUGAUGACCUCUACAGUAUUGAUCACAGUAAGGAGUUGAAUUUCAAUGCGUAUGUGCCCAUGGAUGACACGACGAUGACCAGUACAAAGCAAUGGGGGAAGGACUGGUGGUGGAGACAGGAUGGGAGUGGUGAAUUGUGUAGCAAAGAUUAUGUAAUGGAGUGGAUUGGAAGCCAGAUAUGUCCAUCCACAAACCCUGAUUGGGAUGAAGGGGAAAAAAGCUCACCUGGAACAACAAUUAAUAUGGAUAAUUCUACGACACAGAGAGAUCAAUUAGAGAAUGCCAAUGAAACCCAGUUUCCCAAGAAGAAGUCUGAGAAGAAAGAAGACAAGGGUGGGAAGAACAAGAAGAAACAGAGGAGGAUGCAAGAAUGGUGGAAAGAAGAACACCUUGCAGAGAUUAGCAAGAAGGGCAACAAGUUAAACAAGUUAAAAAAGCUUGAAGCCAAUUGCAGGAAAGGCUUCAAAAUCCCACAUUUUGAUCUGGGUAGGAGGUUUCGGCCUCGAAAAGCUACUACUUUUGGGGAACAGAUUCAGAACGACUGUGAUCCCAAUGUAGAGUUCAGCUUUAGGAAGGGCUGGAAGAAGAAGAAGAAGAAGGAGACACAAUCCACUGGUAGUGAUAUGUGGAGUGGAGAUCUGUUCAGCCGUGAGCUCAGCAGUACAACAAGCAUGAGAGGUACUGUGUGUUAUGUAGCACCAGAAUAUGGUGGUUGUGGGUAUUUGAUUGAGAAGGCUGAUAUCUACAGUCUAGGAGUUCUGAUCCUUGUCAUUGUCUCUGGUAGAAGGCCUUUACAUGUUCUUUCUUCGCCCAUGAUUCUCGAGAAGGCCAAUCUGAUAAGCUGGUGUAGACAAUUGGCUCAAACAGGGAAUGUAUUAGAGCUUGUAGAUGAGAGAUUUAAAGAUAAUUAUAACAAAGACCAGGCAAGCCUUUGUAUAAACUUGGGCCUCUUGUGCAUACAGAAGAUGCCGGAAUUGAGGCCAGAUGCCUGUGAGAUUGUUAAGAUUCUGAAAGGAGAUGUGGAUCUCCCAUCACUUCCAAUCGAGUUUUCACCUUCUCCUCCUUCUAAGCUCUUCAGUAGAUCCAGGAGAAAAAAGAAGGUUGAUGUAGAGUAAGUUUUAGUUUUUUUUUAUGUACACUUUAAAUUUCUUCUUAUAUCCAUAAUCCAUUUGAGUUUAUGCAGAGAAUGUAGACUAGGAAAAGAUGAUGAGUGCUGCUAGUUGAUUAAGGGUUGGUGAUGUAAGAAGAUAUUGAUGUAAAAAUUAAGAGGGAUGAUUGAUUUCUUUGCGUUGCCA